GGAUCGCCGCGAGGUGCGGGCACGGCGGGAGCCAAACCCACCGCGGAGGUCGUCAGUGAGAAGGGGAGAAAUGGCCAAAUCGACCCAGCUAAUUGACAAUGAAGUCUUCAGGGCUUUUGCUACUUACACAACCAUUGUUCUUCUAAAAAUGAUGCUAAUGAGUCUGAUAACAGCAUACUUCAGGAUCACAAGGAAGGCAUUUGUCAACCCAGAAGAUACAGAAUCAUUUGGAAAAGGGGAGAGUGCUAAGAAAUUCCUGAGGACUGAUCCAGAUGUUGAACGUGUACGCAGAGGUCACCUGAAUGACCUGGAAAAUAUUGUCCCGUUUGUUGGCAUUGGACUGCUGUAUGCUCUGAGUGGCCCUGAGCUGUCCACGGCCCUGCUGCACUUCAGGAUCUUCACAGGGGCGAGGAUCUUCCACACUUUUGCAUACUUGAUCCCUCUUCCCCAGCCUGGCAGAGGUUUGUCUUGGGCAGUUGGCUACUCAGUGACCUUCUCCAUGGCCUAUAAAGUUCUGAAGACAGCGUGGCUCCUGUAGCAGAGCUGUAGCUUCCGAGUCCCCUUUGACAUUCCACACAAAGUUUCCAGCGCUGUACGAUGAUGUCUUGAGUGAGCCAAUGAGUCUUCCGUGCUAACUGGAAUUCUUCUUUUGAACAAAAGCUUUUUGUUCCUGUUCAGAAGUGUUGCUUUUUUGGAGGAGAAAGAAUCCUUCUCCCCUGUAUUCCGUGUGCAUGGGUUGCACUGCCAAAUACUAGAUUGGAUGUUCCCUUUGCGACUUGUCGAGUGCUUACAAUUCUAAACAUGCCAUGAUGCUGUAUUGAUAGAGUGUUUGAUAAUUUUCUACAGAUGCACUAUUUUUGGCUGUAGCUCUGAAGUCUAAAUCAAUAAAGACAAGAUUAAAA